AUGGAUUCUCUCUCAUCGGUAAAAGUCUUGCCUUCCGCAGUCACCAACCCUCUCCGUCCACGGCGCCGCCGGCUCCCUCUCUCUUCUUGUUCACUCGGCAGCUUACACAAUCGGAAUCUCCACAUCUCCUCCUCCGUCUUUGGAGUGCCGUGCUCUCCCGAGACUUCGUCUUAUUCUAGAAGGAGGCUCGUGAGAGAAGUUUCUUGCCGGUCUAGCGGUGGCGGUGGCGCUGCCCCAGAGGACGCCGACGCCGACGCCGAUGACGACGGAAGUGAGCAGGUGGAGAGAGCGCUUCAUCUGGAUGGUAAUAUUCCCUCCACUUCCGAUGAGUUCGUGAAACGCGUGUCGUCUCGUGCUUACGACAUGCGGCGCCACCUCCAGCAGACCUUCGAUUCCAGCAGCUACGAUGUGCUGGAGGCCAACCCUUGGAGAGAAACUUCCAAGCCCGUGUAUGUACUAACACAAAGGGAAAACCUGUUGUGCACCAUGAAAACCCGAAGAAAUCGCAGUGAAGUUGAAACGGAGCUUGGGAAAUUGUUUUCCAAAGGAUCGAAGUGGAACCAAACGAAACAGCCAAGAAACGGUACAAAGUUCCAGAUGCUUGUGGAGGAUAUUAGGGAUGGAGUGCUUGUUUUUGAGGAUGAGAAUGAAGCUGUAAGGUAUUGUGACUUGUUGCAAGGAGGCGGCCAAGGUUGUGAAGGUGUUGCAGAAAUAGAGGCCUCAUCAGUAUUCGAUCUGUGCCAGAAAAUGAGAGCUCUUGCAGUUCUUUUCCGUCGCGGGAGAAGCCCACCUCUGCCUCAAAGCCUGGAGCUCAACCUCAGGGCUCGGAAGCGCUCCCUUGAAGACCAACAAGACCCAUAA